AUGAUGGUGGAGAUUUUACGCGCAUUACAAGAACUUCCUAAUGUGGUGGUACAAAAAGUCGAUUAUAAUCGAAAAUUUCCUUUUAUCAAUCAACUGGAAACCACACAUAACAGCGACAUAUUAAUGUCAAUGCACGGAAGUGGCUUAACACAUCUGUUGUUCCUACCCGAUUGGGCUACAGUGUUUGAGAUCUACAAUUGUGAGGAUGUUUAUUGUUAUUCGGAUUUGGCUCGUUUACGUGGUAUUAAGUAUUUUACCUGGGAGAAUCGAACAAAAAUUAAAUCAAUUGGUGAAAGUAUCCAUCCACAAACCGGCAAAUCACAUCCUAAAUUUGUUAAUUAUUAUGUGGACGUCGAUGAAUUGAUACGAUUGGUAAAACAGGUUCACAGAGUGACCACUGAUGACCAGCUGAUGAUGAAUCAAGUUGUUAGAUUAGUACUGGUUGACUAA